GGCCGCGCCACAUCUCCUCGCUCUGUGUCCGCGCGUAUCCAGCCGGCUCUUCUGCAGCGGGGUCUCGGGACGCGCCCAUGCGGCCACUCACCAUGUCUGGGCACUUUCUGCUAGCGCCCAUCCCCGAGUCCUCCUCCGACUACCUCCUGCCCAAGGACAUUAAGCUGGCGGUGCUGGGCGCGAGUUGUGUGGGCAAGAGCGCAAUGAUUGUGCGCUUCUUGACCAAGAGAUUCAUCGGCGACUACGAACCCAACACAGGCAAACUGUAUUCGAGACUCGUCUAUGUAGAGGGGGAUCAACUCUCCCUACAGAUCCAGGACACUCCGGGAGGCAUCCAGGCCCAAGACAGCCUCGGUCAAAUGGUGGAUUCUCUGUCCAAAUGUGUGCAGUGGGCAGAGGGCUUUCUGCUGGUUUAUUCCAUAACAGACUAUGAGAGCUACCAGUCCAUUCGGCCCCUUUACCAGCACAUCCGGAAGGUCCACCCUGAUGGAAAAGCCCCCGUUGUCAUCGUGGGAAACAAAGGGGACCUUUUGCAUGCCCGGCAGGUGCAGACACACGAAGGUCUUCAGCUCGCCAAUGAGCUGGGUAGUCUCUUCCUUGAAAUUUCUACUAGUGAAAACUACGAAGACGUCUGCGAUGUGUUUCAACAUCUCUGCAAAGAAGUGAGCAAGCUGCACAGCCUUAGCGGGGAGCGGAGGAGAGCAUCCAUCAUCCCCCGGCCCCGAUCCCCCAACAUGCAGGACCUGAAGAGGCGCUUCAGGCAAGCCCUGUCCUCCAAAGCAAAAGCAGCCUCCACCCUGGGCUGAUCCAUUGCAGACAGACUGACAUAGUAUUAUCACUAAGCAUUUGUGCUGCCACAAAGACUGGUCCUUUCCUCCUUUAAAACAUAUCCAGGGGUUGGGGAUUUAGCUCAGUGGUAGAGCGCUUGCCUAGCAAGUGCAAGGCCCUGGGUUCGGUCCCCAGCUCCAAAAAAAAAAGAACCAAAAAAAAAAAAAAAAAACAAAAAAACAAAAAAACAAAAAACCAUAUCCAGAGUUUAUUUUUAUAAUGACUUUAUUGGCUUUCAAGUGUAUGUAUAUUUCUGAAAAUUCAAACAGUGGAUUUUUUUAAUGAGUUUUUUUUUUAUUUUAUUUUUUUUUUACUGUAACCGUUAGCCACUCUUCCAUUAAAGGCAAAAUGGCAAUACC